AUGAGUACUGUUGGACAAAAGAAUGCCAAAGGAGACCCUGAGGGUGGAAUUUGCCCUGAAGAUUCGGUCAGCCAGUGUGGGAGCACUACAUCUUCAGUGCGACUGCGGACUAUGGCACGUAGAGCUGCUUUAGCUGUUGAGGCUGAAGCACUGAAACAGAAGAUGGCGCUGGAAAAGGAGGAGUUAGCUUUGAAACAGCGUAAAGCUCAGCUAGAUAUGGAUACCAGGAUGAAAAUAUCUGAAGCUGAGACACAAGUCUAUUUGAAUGAAGCGGAUAGGCUAUUGUCGGAUGAAGCUAGUGCUCCUCAGAAACAUCCAGUUGAAGUGAAUGAAACGUUGGCUUAUCCGCUGGACUCUGGAACGCCAACGCCAACCCAGGUUGAACAGAGUACGAAGCCAACGGAGGCUUUGUUGCUGCAGAUUUUGCAGGAGGGACAGAAACAACAGAGGCAAUUAUUGGAGUCUCUUAAUGUGCCUCAAACACAAAUGAUGACGUAUGAUGGCAACCCUCUUAAGUUUUGGGAGUUUUGGAUUGCGUUUGAGAACUCAAUAGACUUUACAAGUAUUCCGGACAGUGCCAAACUGACCCGCCUUGUAUACUACUGCGAAGGAGAUGCCCGCAAAAUCUUGCAGCCUUGUAGUAUUAUGCCAUCUAGCGAAGGGUAUAUGAGGGCGAAGGCCAUGCUACAAGAGAGGUUUGGUACACCCUUCAUGAUAGCUGAUGCAUGGAUCAGGAAAGUGACCGGAGGGCGGAAGAUCACCGGACGGGACAAGAGGGCCCUAAGAGAAUUCGCAGAUGAACUGCAAGUUUGCUCACUGACUUUAGAUGCCAUGGGUUACAUUGGCGAUUUGUCACCACAGUUAGUCCUUGUCCAGAUAGUUGAACGACUACCACUAUACUUAUGCGGGAGAUGGCUGAGUGUGGUACAAAGAAUCAGGCGAGAGGAUAGACUUCCUAACAUAUUUGACCUGGUGAAUUUUGUCCAAGGUGCAGCCGACGAGGAGAAUGAUCCGGUCUAUGGAAGGCUUCUUACCAAGGAUCAGGGCGGUAGAGGCAUCUCCCAGAACAAGAAGUCGACAGGACUGAAGAAGGGUGCUUUCUCCACGACAGCCACAGGCAAUGAUGUGACACCACAGCUGUGUGUGAUAUGCAAGGAAUCGCACAGUCUGUUUGGCUGUGACAAGUUCAAACGAAUGCAGCUAGAUGACCGGCUGAAACUGGUGAAGGAAAACAGGCUUUGUUUUAACUGUUUGGAGAAGGGACACAUGUCAAGAUACUGUAAACUAAAGAGAGUAUGUUCAGUUUACGGAUGCAACAGGAAACAUACUAAGUUUCUCCACCAGCAGAAACCAGAACAACCUCAGCAAGCACAAGAGGAAGCUGUUAGUCCUUCACCUGAGAAGAUUGAGAGUCAUGUCACAGGGGCCGGGAACAUGAAGGUGCUAUUGCCAAUCGUUCCUGUCUGGGUUUAUGCGGCAGGCAGUAAUAUUGGUGUAGAGACUCUAGCACUGUUGGAUUCAGGCUCGACAAGUACCUUCUGUACCAAAAAGUUGGCAGCAAGAGUGAAAGCAAGUGGAUUGUCCAGUAUAGUGUCUGUCUCAACUCUGGAAAGAGCCAAGAGCGAACUUCAGACCAGUGUUGUAAGCCUGAAAGUUGCAGCAAAGUCAUCAUCCAGGAUGGUGAAUCUCUCUAAAGUCUAUACCAAGACAGACAUUAACAUUAAUUCAGAUCACCUGCUAAUGAAGGAGGAUGUUGACAAACUCCAACAUCUCACAGAUGUCGACUUUCCAUCGACUACCAAACUGCAGGUGGAUCUCCUGAUUGGGCAAGAUUAUCCAGAGCUUAUUUGUCCUCUCGAGAUACGACGUGGCGAACCAAGAGACCCUUAUGCAGUAAGGACAGUGCUGGGGUGGACCCUGAAUGGGCCGGUUCAGAGUGAUGGUAGGAAGAUGGCUGUAACAUCACACUAUAUCUCAGAAUAUCCCUUGAAGACCAGUGUAAGCUGUUUUGGUCUCUAG